GCAGGAGGAGAGGUCGGAGCCGUCUCCAGGAGCCCUUAGAGACCGAGUCCCCGGCGGCGGCGGCAGCGGCGGGGGAAGCGCACCGGCAGAUUCAUUCCACCACUUACAACCUGAAAAUGGUGGGCCAGGGGAAGUCUUACUGGUUUCAGGUAGAAACAACAGUUGAAGAUGUCCAGCAAGACGGCAAGCACCAACAACAUCGCCCAGGCCAGGAGGACGGUGCAACAGUUGAGGAUGGAAGCCUCCAUCGAGAGAAUAAAGGUUUCAAAGGCGUCAGCGGACCUCAUGUCCUACUGUGAGGAGCACGCCAGAAGCGACCCUUUGCUGAUAGGGAUACCGACCUCAGAAAACCCUUUCAAGGAUUAAAAAACUUGCAUCAUCUUAUAGAGGAACAGUGAAAUGGCUCCUCACCUCUUCUCAACAAAGCAAAUUAUGAGCAGCUCCUUGGAAGAAAUUUACCUUCAGCUUAUUUGGUAACCACUGCUAAUAACUAAAAUACUCUAACUUGGAAUAAUUGACUCUGACGUCUUUAUUUUCCAAGUUGCCCUUUCUCUAAAACACCUUUUACUGAUUUAAUCCAGAAUAACAGUCUUCUUUUCCAUUUGAUAACGAUGGUGACAUAUUGGGUUACUGCUUAAGAAAAGUUGGUUUGGGCCAUUU